AUGAGAGGUGCAGCCACGCACUGCCUCCGUGCUGUGAACGCACAGCUCCAUACGAGUCCAUACACCGCACGAGUUAAGAGGAACCAUCCCACACACCACCAGCGGUCCCUCUCCCUAGUGCCGGAGCGGGCAGCCUGUGAGUGGCGGGGGUCAGACGGAGCCCGGGCCGGUAAAGGCGCGCAUAUGACAUCCUCUUUGGUCCUCAGUCCUCGCUGGCCGGCGGAAACUAUCAUGUUCGUGUAUGACAACAACCUGGAGGACCUGAACAAGAACAUGGAGGGUCUGGUGGGGAGCGGGAACUUCGCCACUGCGGCGAGCCAGUGCCGCAACCUGAUGGCGCACUCCGCGGCCGCCGCCGCUCUCGGGGGGCACGCGUCCGGCCUGGUGCACCCCUCGGCCAGCUAUUCCCCGACGGACGUGUCCGCGCCAGGCGCCGGGGACACGGCCGCCUCCUCGGGGAAGCAGUGCGGCCCGUGCCCGGCCGUGGCCGUGCCGCACCAGAGCGCGCCCGCGUCUUCCGCGCUGCCCUACAGCUACUUCGGGAACGGCUACUACCCCUGCAGGAUGAGCCGGGGCGCUCUCAAAUCGUGCACCCAGGCGGCCGGAGCCGCCCUGAGCUCCCAGUAUAUGGACACCACCGUGAAUCCCGACGAGUAUCCCAACCACCGGACCAAGGAGUUCGCUUUCUACCACGGCUAUGCCAGCCCCUACCAGUCAAUGGCCAGUUAUCUGGACAUGUCGGUGGUCCAGACGCUGGGCACAGCCGAGCCACGCCAUGACACGCUGCUCCCCAUGGACAACUACCAGUCUUGGGCUCUGACCAACGGCUGGGGGGGGCAGAUGUACUGCUCUAAGGACCAGGCGCAAGCCGGACAUCUUUGGAAGUCCGCUUUGGCUGAUGUGGUGGCCCACCAGCACGACGGCGCAUCUUUCCGGCGCGGCAGGAAGAAACGCAUUCCCUACACCAAGGUCCAGCUAAAGGAGUUGGAGAAAGAAUAUGCAGCCAACAAGUUCAUCACCAAAGACAAGAGGAGGAAGAUCUCCGUCGCGACCAACCUAUCGGAGCGGCAGAUAACGAUUUGGUUCCAGAACCGGCGGGUGAAGGAGAAGAAGUUCGUGGCCAAAGUCAAGAGCAGCGCGCCGUAGCUGGAGGUUCAGGUCUCAGCUGAACCACAGCUCAAACUGAACUGAAAUAAACGACACACGACUGGACAUUUGUUUGGAUUGUACGCCACAACGGGGAAAAGACCGUGAAAGAAACCACGAACGAGUAAAAGGAAAGGAAUUAACCAAAGCCCUGCUGGUGAAUGUCCCUCUCAAAGGAACUCUGUAAAUACAGCCCUUUCUGGCCUGCUAUGAUAUAACUGCUUAUUCUGUGUGUCCCUCUUACCCUGCGGUGCCCCACAGCUCUUGGCCUCUCCGUAUUCUUAAUACCGCCAAACACCUAAAUGUUGCGGAGUAUUUAAUGAAUCAAUUUAACCGACACAUCAUUCCACAGGCCUCAUGUAAUUAUCAGGUCUGAAAGCGGCACAUUUGAAUUUCUGGGGUGUAAUUCAUGUAAUCAGCAAAGGAAACUAAAAAAAUAAAAUAAAA